UUCAGUCUCCUGCCCGCUGCCAUUGAAUGCGGCGUUUCAUUGAACUUUAAAGUUCAAUUUAAUAAUAACACUUAAGUAUAGAUGAACCAAAUACAAUGCAUAAACGGAUUAUGUGAAAGUGAUAAUAUAGUAAAGGUAGAAUUUUCGAACCGGUCCGAUUCCUGUUGAGGCGAAUUGGAGUGUCUGUUUUCAAGCGACCGGCGCAAGCGUAACUUCGUGCUUAAAUAAGCUUUCAUUAUGAAGCUAAUGGAGUUUUCGUUAUUAACUACUUGCUUUCUUUUUGAAUCCGGUGGAAAUGAAAUUGGAUAUAAAAGGAGAAAUGUAACUCAUAAAAAUAAUUUAGAAGGAAUAGAAGUACCCGAUAGUGCGUUGAUUUUGCUAAAUCAAUUUAAAUUAAGAACAUCGGUAGAUUAUUCUAGACAAAAUCAAGAUACAUCGGUACAAACUUCACCCAUAUCCAGACCCUGUUCUUGUGCAUUGGGAGUUUGUAAAUGUUGUACAGGACCAAUAUUGGAUUUGUUCAAACAAAAAGCAUGUAUGAAAAUAACUUAUCAUCCAGGAGAUUUCGCAUUCGAUGUGGCCAUGUCUAUGAAUGAUCGAAUACUGUACGAAAAUUCCAUGUCUGGAAAAAACCCGAAGCCCAUGUGUAUAAGUCCACCAAGAAUGCCCAACCUUAAAGUAUGCGCACGAUUGUAUAACGUCUUUUUCCCCGGAAGGAACUUUCAUUUUUGUUUGGCAAUGAAUGGACGGUGGGGAUCCGUGGAACUGUUUAAUAUUGCGUUCGACUGUUUAAGGAUGGGUGCUAAUGGUUUGGCGAUGUUAAAACCGGAUGAAGGCGGAGGUCUGCCGGUACCAAACCCACAAGGCGGUGUUGACGCCGUAAUCGAUACCGGCGAGGAUGACAUCGAAGAAUACGACGAGAACCUCGUGCGGUCACUCCUUGACACUCUUGAUGAUUUUUAGACGUUUACUGACAAUGUUAGUCAUCGUUUCAAUAUGAUCUUGAGCUGUUAGUGAUUAAGAUUUUUAAAUUAUUUAUUUAUUUUAUGUUUGCGGUAUUAAUCGUAAAU